AUGGCGCCCGCCGCAACUGACGAAACGGCGCCAAUGCACCUACCCGCCGCCUCAAAAGCUUCGACCAUUAACGCUUCAGUUCUCCAUGGCCCCCGUGAUCUCCGUAUGGAACGCCGGACUAUCGGUGACCCCAGCAUCGGUGAACUUCAGAUUGCUGUCCACACAACAGGCAUCUGCGGGUCCGAUGUCAGUUACUACAAGAAGUUCGCCAAUGGUGACCUCUGCGCCUGCAUGCCGCUCUCGCUCGGCCACGAGUCCUCGGGCACUGUCGUUGCCAUCGGGCCGCAAGUGGUUGGCUUCAACAUCGGCGACCGCGUCGCCCUUGAAGUCGGCAUCCCCUGUGGCCAGUGUGGCAUCUGCCGCCGUGGCAGGUAUAACCUAUGCAAGCGCAUGAGGUUUAGGAGUAGCGCCAAAUCUGUGCCACACUUCCAGGGGACGCUACAGGAGCGCAUCAACCACCCUGCUGCGUGGUGUCACAACCACUCUCGGUUGCCAUCCACGCCGUCAACCGGGCGCAACCCACCCCGGGUUCGACCGCGCUCGUCAUCGGCGCCGGCGCCGUUGGCCUCCUCACCGCCGCCAUGGGCCCGGCAAUCCGGCUGCACCACCGUCACCAUCGCCGACGUCGACCAAGGCCGCGUCGACUUCGCCGUGGCGAAGGGCUUCGCAACCCACGGCUACGUAGUCGACCGGCCCCUGCACACCUCCACCAACAGCUCCCCCAUGUACAGCCCCAGCAGCUCCGGCACCUCCACCCCCCUCAACGGCGUCAUGACCCCGGCCAGCGCCCUCUCCAUGCAAUCACAAUUCGACUACGCCAAGUCCCUCGCCGCCGACAUGCUCUCGCUCACCUCGGCCGCCUCCAGCCCCACCUUCACCGGCCUCAACGACAACAACGAUGACGACGACGACGGCGUGGACAUCACCUUUGAGUGCACGGGCAAGGAGGUCUGCAUGCACACGUCGCUCUACGCCACCCGCGCCGGCGGCCGCGUCAUCAUGGUCGGCAUGGGCACCCCCGUGCAGACGCUGCCCAUGUCGGUCGCCCACCUGCGCGAGAUCGACAUCCUCGGCAUCUUCCGCUACGCAAACACCUACGCCACGGGUAUCCGUCUGCUGUGCGCCCGCGAACGCCAGGUUCAGGCCGGUGCUGUGGGUAGCGGCCUUAUCUUGCCGUGUCUGGAUGAGAUGGUCACGCAUCGGUUCAAGGGCCUUGAGAAUGCGCAUCGCGCGUUUGAGUUGGCGAGUCGGACCGUGGAUGAUGAGGGGAAUUUGGUGUUGAAGGUGGUUAUUGAGACUUGA